AUGUUGCAACGGGGGACGAAUGGAAAAGAGAACUACAUGGCAAUUAUGAAUAUCAAAUGUAAAAUAUGUGGAUCAGAGGAAUCAACUAGUAUUUGGGAAUUUAGAGAACAUGGUAUCAACAAAUGUAUUCCGAUGAUUGAAAAGUACUUUGGUUUGAAUCAACAACCAAAAGAAGAAGAACAAGAAGAGAAAGAUAGUAUAAAGAAAAGAAAGACAAGAAAAGAAUGUGAAAUCAUUGAUACUACAAUAGUGAAAAAGAUAAAGAGUAGUAGUAGUGGUGGUACAUCUACAACAAUAACAUUUCAAAACAUUAUAAAUGUGCCAUUUGUGAGAAUGGUUAUAUUCAAUCAUGUUGGUCAACUAUCAAGACUUUUAAAGGCAAACAACUCGGGAGUCGGUCGUAGUAUGAAAGGAAAGGAUAUAAUCAAGAUACCACAUUUUGGAAUGAUUACUAAAUUUGGGAUGCCAUGGAACUUUAUUAAACAUUAUCUACCACCAACUGAUAAAGUACUCGUUAAACGAAGACAUUAUGUUAUGAGUCAAUAUUGUGCAAAUCAAAAUGCAACGUUGGGAACACUCCAACAUCUUUUAGAAUGGUCUAAAGAUUACGAUCCACUUGAUCCCUUGGAAGAAUGUCAUUUAGAAUUGGUCCAAAAUGUAGCAAGGGCUGGACACGUUGAUAUUUUGACCCUCCUUUUAGAUAGGUUCCCAUACCUUGAUUUGAAUGGAUUCAGUUCAAUGCGAGGUGCUGCAAAGAAUGGGCACUUGGAUAUGGUUUGCCUCCUUUCUAAAAAAAAAGAUUUCAAACUAAUUUGUGAAUCUGCAAUGUAUGAAGCUGCUUCCAAUGGACGCUUAAAGAUCGUCAAAUUUUUACAUUUCGAUUGCAAAACAGAAUGUAGUGAGGAUGACCUUAAUGGUGCAGCUAAAAAUGGUCAUUUAGAUACUCUUAGAUGGUUAUAUCAUAGAUAUUGUGGUGAUUAUAGUGGUGGUGGUGGUGGGUUAUCGGCAAAAACUUUUGAUAAGGCAUCAAAGAAUGGUCAUUUAGCAACUGUACAAUGGUUGACCUACAUGAAAACAAGGUGCUCGGAAAAGGCUAUUGAUAGGGCAUCCCAGAAUGGUCAUUUACAUAUUUUACGUUAUUUACAUUCGAAUAAUAUUUUUGAUUCAACGACGGAUGCUAUGGAUAAUUCAACCAAAAUAGAAAUAACAAAAUUCCUUCACUACAAUAUGUAUGAAGGAGCAACAACCAAUGCAAUGGAUAAUGCUGCAUCUUUAGGUUUACUGGAAAUUGUACAAUUUCUUCAUGAGUAUCGUACUGAAGGGUGCAGUACCCAAGCCAUGACCCUAGCCGCAAAGAAUGGCCAUCUUGAUGUUGUAAAGUUUUUAUAUACAAAUAGACCACAAGAUAGAUCUACUAGGGAGGCAUUGAACAAGGCAAUCAAAAAAGGUCACAGAGACAUUGAAAUCUAUCUAACAUCUGGUGAUGAUGAAUUGUUCGAUAUUACCCUAGAUUUUGACAUUAGAUAUGUAAUCCAAAAAGGUAGAAUGGAUCUCAUCACAUUGUAUGAAAGAAGAUAUCUUCAAGAAUCAUUAGAUGCUCAAGAAAUGUAUCUUGCAGCUUCUCAUGGUCAACUUGAAGUACUCAAAUUUCUUCAAUCUAUUUUAAAUUUAGAUCCUAUCCCAUCUAAUAUUAUGGACAUUGCAUCUACCAAAGGAUAUCUUGAAAUAGUUAAAUAUUUACAUUUUGAAUGUAAUAGUAAAUGUACAAUUGAAUCAAUGAAUGGAGCAGCAAUUUACGGUCAUUUGAAUGUAGUUAGAUUUCUAGCAGAGAACAGGUCAGAGAAAUGCUCAGACAAGGCAUUAGAAUGUAUUGGAGAAUAUCCAAACUAUCAAGUCAUCGAAUACAUCUUGUCCAACAAGUUGAUCCCAAAAAAAAACAUUUUAUCUGGACCAUUCAUUCAGGCCAUGAGAUAUGAUAAUGGCCAAACAUACAAAUAUUAUGAAACCCUAGAAAUGGUUGAUCACUAUUACAACAACGACUCUUCCUCUUCCUAA